UAAAAUAUGAUCUUCUACAACCUCCUUGACAGUCAACGUAAAGAGAGGAAACCUGAGAUGGGAGACCUGGUCAAAAUGACUAGUGGCAGGUACCAGAAACCCUUCGGAAGAAGCCUUUUUCUAGACCAGAGUAAUGUUACAGAAGAGAUCAAAACUGAAAGAGACCCUCUUAAGAUAGACGAUAUCGAAGGAGUCAGGUCAAAGAGGCUUUAUAGAGGUGAACCGAAGGAUAUCUUCAAGGUUGAUAAUAUUGAAGGGGCUUACCCUCAUAAAGUCCGGAGAAGCCCAAGGUCAUAUGCGUUUGAUGAUUAUAAAGAUGUCACAACUGCUACACCAUAUAGGAGACCUAUGUAUUCUUCCCGAAAUUUCGAAUCUCAAUUUUUAAGUCCGAAGAGAGAAGUAAAUAGGACGCUCCCUCAAGGUAAUUAUAAAGUAUCAGAAGACCUCUAUAAUAACAUGAGUUAUGAUAAUUUACCGACAAUUCCAAAGGAUAAUGUGCAUUAUUCAAAUAAUGAGGGAUUUACUACCGAUUGGAUAACUGCUCAAAAUCCUACUAACCACCUGUCAAGGAAUAAUCGGCAACAAUUGAGAUAUGGCCCUGCCCAAAAUCAGACUUACAACCCGCCUAGCUCAAAAUCAUAUUGCGGGCCUCCUAUUCCAGAAGAAAUUGGGGAUGAUCUCAAUGUCUUCUAUGGGAUAGACUCUGGAGAUACUUUAGACAAAGAAAUUAUGAAGAAGAGUAUGCCCAAGGGACAUGUCCAGUUCGACCUAGGAGCCACUGAUGAUAGUUUAAAUGAAAGAGCUUAGGUUUAGUUCGCAAAAAUAAU